AUGAAACUUAUUCUACUAAUUAUUGUUUCACUAUCCCUGUUGGACUUGACACCAGGCAAACCCGUCAAAGAACACGAGGGCGAAGGUGCUUCCAUUUCCGACAGUAAAUCCUCUGGCGAAGAUGAGUUGGAGACGUCUGUCGUGGAUGGUGAUGAUGAAGACGAGGAAGACGGAAGUACCACUGAAGAACCAAGAAUGAGGCAGAAGAGAAGUGAUAAUGCGGAGCUCCAAGAUAACGAAAGAAGUGGUGAUUUCAGUGGAGGUGACUUAGAAACUGAAGACAAAGAAGGCCAAGAUAGAAAAGAAGACAAAUCCUUGCUGAAAAGUGACCGUCCAAAGAAUAAAAACGAGCCAGACUCUAAAGAACUGCAAAUGCAAAACACGUUGGGAAUCCAACAACCUUUCACUAUCACUGCAAUGCAGCCAGGAAGGCCUCAAGACCCAUCUCAGCAGGUGAAAACACCCGAGCCGUUUUCUUUGAAUUUCGCCGGUCCCGCUGGCAAAAUAGAGAUAACCCCAUUUGAGCCUGCCAUCAACAGAAUGAAGAAGGUCAGGAGGAGAUGUAUGUGUCCAUUGCCUUGUGGACCAGCGCACGCAUAUGAAGUGAUUGGCUGCAGCGGACCUUAUACCAUUCCUUGUGGUGGAUGUGUUGGGGGCGGUUGGCCUGGUCUGGGAUGCGGAGGCUUCGGCGGCUACGGUGGCCUUGGUGGCGUUUAUGACAUGAUACCUCAUCCAGGUUGGGGAGGCUACCCCUUAUAUGGAGGAUAUGGAGGUGGAUUUGGGUGUGGAGGGUGUGGCGGGUGCGGGGGUUGCGGUGGUUGCGGUGGUUGCGGUGGCUUUGGCUGUGGAGGGGGCUGUGGACAUCCACCAAUAGUGAUGUGCUGUAAGUAAUGCUUCUUUAUUUGCAGGAAAUGAUCGAUGAUAGAUAAGAAAUACAUAACUUAAUUAAGAGUUAGUUUGUACUGAGGUAUAAGGGUCAUUAAGACAAUAAUCCAGAGUUAGAACGGGUUAAAUUUAUGAUUAACUGGCUAAAGGAAACAUGCGAUGUUCAAAAUAAAAACACCUUUUUCAACAUAAAAGUAACGAAGAAACAAACGAAAUAACAACCGUAUGGGGAGAGAAAACAGGAAUAUGUCAAAUUCGAUAUAUUUUGCGGUACAGAGAGAAAGUAUUCAGAGAGAACUUUUAUUAUGAUGGUUAAGAACUGUUAACUAGUUGACGCGACGUUACUCUAAACACAGAAACUAUCUCCGCUCUACCUCGUAUUUCCACUUAGUUCUACUUCUAUGAUACAGUCAAGCGGAAAUUUCAAUUGAAAAUUUGACACUGAACACAUAAUAUAAUUGAGGGUGCAGUAACUAAUCGACAACAGACACACAAAUCACAAUUAAUACACUCGUCUUGGCUGCCCUCAGCUAGUACUAUUUCAGUGAUAAAUGUUUUUCGGGUAUGGGGCAAUUUUCUGUUAAAAGCCAAGUGACCGAUGCUUUUAUCACUUGCAACCUUUAAUUUCCGAUUUUCAUCAGGUUGCAAGAAGAACGGUAAGGAGUCGGAAGGGGAAAAGCCGAAGCCAGAAAGAGACAGUCCCACCGUUUUUCCAGUAGCCAAGCCAAGACACGUCAAGAAAGACAAGCCCGGCCGUCCAUGAGGCACCUAAUAAAUCAAAAUAACCACUAACAUGCAACGAAAAAAAAAAAUAAUUGUAAAUACGAAGAAAGUGCAUUUUGUAAAAAGAUUUGGACUGGACUCUUACAGCCUGGUUUGACCCCCGAGGCCGUGUAAAAUAUUUGUAUGAAAUUACGAAUAAAAUGGAGCUGAUUUAUUUAUUUUCUGUUUUUCCUCAUUUACUUUGUUUCUAGUCGAAUUUGUAAGGUCUUCCACAGUUGACGCACGCUACUUGAGACCAGGAUCACUGGCGUAUAAGAAGAUCGUGAUGGGAGAUGGCCAGAUCGAUAAACUUUUCUGUCCUGAAUGCAAACAAGUAUUGCCACCUCUGAUUGUUAAUUGACACUUUAAGCUUGUCGCAUGAAAUGGAAAUAAAGG